AUGAUGAAGGUGAUUUGUGCAGCAGCUGCUACAGCACAAUAUGGAUUUGGUUUCCCAGGUCGUGGUCAUCGUCAUGGUGGACGCGGAUAUGGUGGUGGUUAUGCUCCAGGUGGAUUUGGUGGUGGAUUUGCUCCGGGUGGAUAUGGUGGUGGAUUUGCUCCCGGUGGUUUUGGUGGUGGAUACGGUGGUGCAUCUUCGUCUGCCUCGGCAUCGGCUGGUGCAUCCGGUGGCGGAAUAGGUGGACCAGGUGGAAUUGCUGGUAGUAAUGCGGGUGCUAGUGCAGAUGCUUCUUCAUCUGGUCAAGGAUUUGGCUAUGGCCGUUAA